AUGACGAUGGAGCUUCCGCCGGACAUACUAUUCUACAAGAUAUUACCACGGCUGCCGGCGAAAUCUAUAGGCCGUUUCAGGACUGUUUCCAAGCAAUGGCACUCGGUACUACGGACGCCUUUGUUUGAGAAGUUACACCUCCAACACGCAACAAACGACCACCAUCAAAACCACCACAAACUUCUGAUAAUCCCUUACGACUCUCCAUGUGUUUUCAACACCAUCGACUGUGAAGCACCCGAGGAUGGAUUAACUCCCAGCCGCUUGUUGCCAUUUGAUUUCGAUCCAAGUUCUGAAAAGAUGAAGCUUCUAACAUCUUUUGAUGGACUGAUUUGCGUAGGCAUAGCCAAGCUUAGUUGUGGUGAUGAAUACUCUGAUCUGAUAUUAUGGAAUCCUUUAACAGGUGACUAUAAGAAGCUAUCUAAACCUGACAAUUCUCACAAAGCAUGCUACAAGCGUCGCAGAAAAGCAUUUGGUUUGUAUUACAGUGACGAUGACUACAAACUUCUAAGUGUAACCCGUGAUUCCGAUGCUUACAUCUACUCAUUGAAAUCCGAUUCAUGGAGAAAGGUUGAUUCAUCAUCAAAGGACUUGAAGAAAGGUAUUGACAAUCGGAUUUCAAAACAUUGGUGGCCAAGUACUCUGCUGAAUGAAAAUCUCUAUUUCUUAAACUACGCUGACAAAAGAGACCCUUUAGAUCCAUCUCAUCGAAUAUCAUAUUAUUCAAUAAUAAGGUUCGACACAAACACAGAGAAGUUCACAGAGAUAGCAACUCCCUCUUUUGGAGUUCCAGAUGUAAUAACUUGCUUCAAUCACCAAGGCUGCAUUCAUGUAUAUGGAGUCUAUGGCGUCAUAAGGUUGAAUUCUAUAGUAUUUGGUGUUGAGCUGUGGAGGAUGGAUGGAGAUGGAGGAGACUGGAAGAAGGUGGUGGUUUCUGAUCCGAUACCUAAUUCAAUGUGUAUAAAACCACUACACUUAAUGAGGGAUGGAAAUUGCCUCAUUCAUUCCAUUUCUGAAGGUUUGGUUUACAAAAUAGAUUUGGCCACAAAUACCAAAAACUUAUCAUGUUCGUUUUCUGCUCGUGGCUUGGAUACAUCUCCAACUGGGAAAUACAUCCAGACUUUGGUGUCACCUAAUCGGUACCUUUAG